CUGUCAAAUAUGCCCAAUGAAGUAUUGUUCAACAUCCUGGGCUUCCUCGAUAUAGAUGAUAUUCUCUCUACGUCUAGGAUUAACCAUCACCUCCGGCAUCUCUCGCUAGCUCCCAUCCUGCGCACCUACCGUCUCCGCCACACCCGCGCCGUCCUCCGGCCCCUCCUGGCAUCCCGCCCGCCCCUCUCCGACCUCAUCUCCCGCUCCAUCUUCCUCACCCACACGAAUAUCGUCUCCCGCCGCCUCGACCGAUCCCUCAAAUCCAUCCAACUUGCCCGCCGUCUGGCCUCCCGACCCUCGGCCGAGGCUCUCGUCGAGCGGGCCGUGCUGCCCGCGGAGUGCGUCAAGGGUAUGACCACCGUCCAUGUCGCCCCCGGGCUCGUCGCUCGGCGGCGGGCCAUCGAGAAGCAGAAGCUGAAGGACGGGUUGCGGAGGUGGGUGGGCGCCGUGUGGAAGAGCAAGGUCAUGCAGCGCGAGGAGGGGAUGAGGCGGUGGGAGGAGAGUCGCGGGGUCGGGAGGGUGUGGCGGCUGAGGAGGUUCUGGGAGCGGGUUAGUCGGGGGGAA